ACAACGGGCAGCAAGAGAAACAAGAGCACACAACAAGUACGACAGCAAGCCCAUCUUCGAGUGCUAUUGAGCACACCACAUUAUCCCUGUGAUAAACCGAUUAGGGAAAACAUGCGGCGUUGCUGCGGCACGGCCGUAGCCUUUCUGUUGGCGACGUGUGUUGAACAUGCGGGCGGACUGUUGUCAACACCGUCGACGGCUUCCUCCUCCGCCUUAUCUAGGCACGCGUCGUUCCCCCCCCGGAGCACCUACGCCGCCAGCGGCAGGAGAAGUACCAGGAGGCGCGGGCUAGGACAAGCGGGUAGUGGAAGAGAAAGGGCUUCUUCCUCGACAGCAACAACGACGAUGGGAAUCGCCUACAACCCGAACGACGAGCUCAGGGCGAUCGUCCAGAGGAAGCAGCACGAGACCAAGAGCCUCCUGGCUGCCCACACUGCAUCGGACGACCGCUUGCAGAUGCGGCUGUCGUACGGCGCCAGCGAGAGUUGUUACGCCCUGCGCAGCGCCCUCCGUAGGAACAAGGGUCAGGAGCAAGACCACCAGGCGGUGGUCGUGGCGGACAUGAAGCGCCGCUCCCCUACGUCUGCGGAGCUCCCACCCGAUGUGAACGCCUUCGACGACCCCGCUGCCUGGGCGUCUCAGCUGCACACGGCCGGCGCCAGCGUGCUCAUGGUGAACACGGACGGGCCGGCGUGGGGCGGCAGCCUCUCCGAUCUCGACAAGGUCGUGGCGCAUUUCAAGAAGCUCGGCAAGACGCCCCCGCCCAUCGUAGCGAAGGACGUUAUCGUGCACCCGAUGCAGAUGGCGCAGGCGCUGGAGAAAGGGGCCGCGGGCACGGUGCUCAUCGCUUGUGUGCUCGGGCCGGCCCUGUGCGACUUCAUGGACGCGGCGACGAUGAUGGGAACCGAGUGCAUCGUUGAGGUGCACACCCCGGCGGAGGUGGAAAAGGCCCUCGAGCACGGCGCGAGCGUCAUCAUGGUCAACAACUGGGACCGCAUCACGGGCAAGCUGUACCCGAAGCAGGCGAAGGCCGUCCGCCACUUGAUACCGGACCAGGUUCUGACGAUCGCAUCGGGAGGUAUCGACAGCGUGGAGCAGGCGGGGAGGCUAACCGACGAAGGGUACGAUGCUGUCGUUCUGGGCAGGAGCUUGGUUUCAGGGGCUUCGGGACCGGAGCUGAUCCGCGGGAUCGUUGACAGGGUCGGGGUGCCCCGCAGCAUGCUCGGGUGGGGGGUGAAGGCAGAAGACUUGGACUACGACCGAAGGAAGAGAUGAAAGGGGGGUGGGAGCGAUGGUGGUGGUGUGGAUACCCACGGCGGUGUCGUGGAAAAAUGGCGUAUUUGAAGAAAUGGCUGUCUCAUGUGUCUGGAAAAUGUGAUGUUGGUGUUAUUUGCCUUGGUCCAAUGUAGGGAUGAGGUUGGCGGCGAUGGCAGGGCGGGUGGCGAUGUUGGUCGUAGUUUUACCCGCUGGGCAUUCAGUUGUGGGUGUGAUUAAGCGUGGUGCUGGUGUCACGGCGGCUCAACGCGGCGUUGAUGAGAUGAUGUCUCAAGGAGAAUUGGUGGUGAUGAUGUCCAAACGUUCACCUUGUCCCCUGUGAAACCGAGUAGUGAUGCGGAGAUAGAUGCUGACACAGCUGUCCCGUGACAAGUUAAUGUUGGUGUUGCGGUGGGGCAUCUAUAUUGGUGUUUCCUGCCCUUGCCUGGCGAGACGGGGCCAAAAUGUU